AAUACUAAAGACUAGGCAUAUAUACAAAAGUAGAGAUUUCCACCGACGCUGUAUAGAGAGAGCGUCUGGUCGGAUCAAACAACCAGCGACAACAACAACCACAAGAACAAACGCCACCGUAAACAAUUAAUUCCACCACACUCUCUUGGCGGUCGCUUUCCCGGGUCUACUUCCUUUCUCUCACCAAUUUUAAAUCCCCAAACACGGAUAUUUAUACAGAUAUUGAUUGGAGCACUGACAAAAUGACCACAUCAGGUGGCGGCGGUGGCGGCGGCCGCUACAUGGCCUACUCCCUGUCUCCGUCUGCUCCUCAUCCUCCUCAUCUCUCUGGCCUCCGUUCCGCCUCCUCUGCUCUCGUCGAGCAAGAAAAAUAUCUUUCAGAGUUACUAGCAGAGCGGCACAAGCUUAGCCCAGUUAUGCCUGUGCUCCCUCAUACGUAUCGGUUGUUAAACCAGGAAAUAUUGCGUGUAACUACACUGUUGGGGAAUGCAUCAGUUUUAGGUCAAAGUGGGCUUGAACAUGCUAGCCCUAUGGCUUCUGGAGGAAUAUUUUCAAAGGGAGGAGCCAAUUCAAAUGGAUGGGCAUCACGGUUUCAAUCAGAAAUGUCGGGUUUAUUACAGUCUUCAUCAGCACAGAACUGGCUGAGUUCUCAAGGCAGCUCAUCUGGUCUUAUUGUUAAGAGAACUAUCAGAGUUGAUAUUCCAGUCGACAAAUAUCCUAAUUACAACUUUGUUGGGCGACUUCUUGGCCCUAGGGGGAACUCACUUAAGCGAGUGGAAGCAAGUACUGAGUGCCGUGUUCUGAUCAGAGGGUGUGGCAGCAUUAAGGAUCCAGCUAGGGAAGAAAUGAUGAGAGGGAAACCAGGGUACGAGCAUCUAACUGAACCUCUUCAUAUCUUAGUUGAGGCAGAGUUACCAGUUGAAAUAGUUGAUAUUCGCCUAAUGCAAGCACAUGAGAUACUUGAAGACUUACUGAAGCCUGUGGACGAAUCUCAGGAUUUCUAUAAGAAGCAGCAACUAAGAGAGCUAGCAAUGUUGAAUGGUACACUUCGCGAAGAAGGUUCUCCAAUGUCUGGUUCAGUCUCCCCCUUCCACAGCAGCCUUGGUAUGAAGAGGGCCAAGACAAGGGGGUAAUGGAUCCCCAUUCUUAUUUGGCUUUUGGAGCAUGUGUGUUUGUCCUGCCAGUAAUCAGCGGUUCCCAUGCCACAGAUGUUGCUGUCAGCUAUUGCCUCCGACUGCCGUCGGGGCACUGGCAAUGUUGGGUGCCAGUUCUAACUUGUCUCUAUAUGAAGUGUGUCUAUCUUAUGUUUGGGGGAGGUUUAUCGACAGUAUCACAUGGUAAAGGAGCCAGUUGAGUUCGGGGGUUUGCUUCCAAGACUGCCCUUGUAUUAAAUUAGGCUUUACUAUAUAAGUGUGUAUUGACAUUUUUGGUAGUGAUGGGGGCUUACGUGAGAAAGAUAUGUUUUGUAUACAAAAAGCAAGCUAAGAAUUGAUCUAUAUCCUAAUGCAUGUUGUUUGGGAUGGAGUGAUUUGUAUUGAGAAGUGUAGAAUGAACUUGAAUUUGAAGGCGUUCUUUUUCA